GUUGUCAGUCCGAUCUCGCGAGAGAGGACGGAAGCCUGUGGGAGCCCGUGGCCUUUAAAGUGCUGUUCAGCCCUUUCCUCCCGGUGUAGUUUGUAAACACGGCUGUUCUUGGGGCUCCCGGGCGACCGAAAGGAUCAUGAACUAGUGACCUGGAAAGGAUACUAGAUGGAAACUUAAGAAGUACUGCUUACUUGAUAAGAGCAAAGGGAUUCCUGGCAGCAGAGUGAAUAAAGCUCAUGGCUCACCAGCUGGAAAGUAUCCUUGCCGUGAGAAAGAGGACGUGAUAAGUUGUUCAACUUAUGAAAUUCAGAUUACAUGUGAAUUCUGCCAGGCAAUACAAGGACCUGUGGAAUAUGAGUGAUGACAAACCCUUUCUAUGCACUGCCCCUGGAUGUGGCCAGCGUUUUACCAACGAGGAUCAUUUGGCUGUCCAUAAACAUAAACAUGAGAUGACACUGAAAUUUGGUCCAGCACGUAAUGACAGUGUCAUUGUGGCUGAUCAGACCCCAACACCAACAAGAUUCUUGAAAAACUGUGAAGAAGUGGGUUUGUUUAAUGAGUUGGCAAGUCCGUUUGAGAAUGAAUUCAAGAAAGCUUCAGAAGACGACAUUAAAAAAAUGCCUCUAGAUUUAUCCCCUCUUGCAACACCCAUCAUAAGAAGCAAAAUUGAAGAGCCUUCUGUUGUAGAAACAACUCACCAGGAUAGUCCUUUACCUCACCCAGAGUCUACUACCAGUGAUGAAAAGGAAGUAUCAUUGGCACAAACUGCACAGCCCACAUCAGCUAUUGUUCGUCCAGCAUCAUUACAGGUUCCCAAUGUGCUGCUUACAAGUUCUGACUCAAGUGUGAUUAUUCAGCAGGCAGUACCUUCACCAACUUCUAGUACUGUAAUCACCCAGGCACCAUCCUCCAACAGGCCAAUUGUCCCUGUACCAGGCCCAUUUCCUCUUCUGUUGCAUCUUCCUAAUGGACAAACCAUGCCUGUUGCUAUUCCUGCAUCAAUUACAAGUUCUAAUGUGCACGUUCCAGCUGCAGUCCCACUCGUUCGACCAGUCACCAUGGUGCCUAAUGUUCCAGGAAUCCCAGGUCCUUCCUCCCCUCAACCAGUACAGUCAGAAGCAAAAAUGAGAUUAAAAGCUGCUUUGACCCAACAACAUCCUCCAGUUACCAAUGGUGAUACUGUCAAAGGUCAUGGUAGUGGAUUGGUUAGGACUCAGUCAGAGGAAUCUCGACCACAAUCAUUACAACAGCCAGCCACAUCCACUACAGAAACUCCGGCUUCUCCAGCUCACACAACUCCACAGACCCAAAAUACAAGUGGUCGUCGAAGAAGAGCAGCUAACGAAGAUCCUGAUGAAAAAAGGAGAAAGUUUCUAGAGCGAAAUAGAGCAGCAGCUUCAAGAUGCCGACAAAAAAGGAAAGUUUGGGUUCAGUCUUUAGAGAAGAAAGCAGAAGAUCUAAGUUCAUUAAAUGGUCAACUGCAGAGUGAAGUCACCCUGCUGAGAAAUGAAGUGGCACAGCUGAAACAGCUUCUUCUGGCUCAUAAAGAUUGCCCUGUAACUGCCAUGCAGAAGAAAUCUGGCUAUCAUACUGCAGAUAAAGAUGAUAGUUCAGAAGAUAUUUCGGUGCCCAGUAGUCCACAUACAGAAGCUAUACAGCAUAGUUCGGUCAGCACAUCCAAUGGAGUCAGUUCAACCUCCAAGGCAGAAGCAGUAGCCACUUCAGUCCUCACGCAGAUGGCAGACCAGAGUACGGAGCCCGCGCUUUCACAGAUUGUCAUGGCUCCUUCCUCCCAGUCACAGCCCUCAGGAAGUUGAUUAAAAACCUGCAGUACAACAGUUUUAGAUAAUCAUUAGUGACUUCAAAGGAAAAUCAAGAAAUGACCAAUUUCCAUUUAUGCGAAAUCUGUGGUUGUAAAUUUUUUUUUUACUUGAAAUUAAAUUUGGCUCUAAAGUUGAUACAGCAGCAGUUGAUGAUCAGACUGAGCAACAGUUUUUAGUCUCUGGAAAAAGACUGAUUUUGCUUUUUUUUAUAAAUAUUGUUAGAUUUAUUAAUUUUUCUGUGCUCAAUGUGUAAAUUGUAUUAUAAUUCAUUGUGGUUUACUUCACUUUUAAUUUGGAGGUAUUUUAAUAAUAAAUAAAUGGGGGUGUUACUGAAUCUCUCUUCCCACUUACGUUUCUUUGGACCACCCCUUAACCCUCAACUGUAAUGGUAGUAUGGUUAUCAUUUAUACCAAAGUUCUGCGUAGUCCCUAUUGACUUUGUAAUGUUAACAAAGUCAUAAAGCAGUAGGCAAGAGAAAGAUAGAAAUUUGCUUUUAAUCUUUUUGCCUUUUAUUUUGCACAUUAUGCAAAAUGAAGUACAUGGAGAACACUUUUUUUUAAGUGACUGAAAACAUGGUAAAAAAAAAACAUACAUUGCUUUUAUGCACAUUCUUUAAAGGUCAUUAAUAAAAGUGCAUUUUCUUUUUUUAAUGAUUUAAGGCAUAAAUAAUUAGAAUCCUACGCAUUUCAAAAAUGACUUUAUUUUUCAAGUCUAAAUUCAGUAUUUUAAACCUAUGUUUUGAGGCUAAAUGCAAAAUUAUAUAAUGUAUGAUACAGGGUUAUCAGAUAUCUAAUAGUUUUUUAAUUUAGCUCUUAUUUUGGGUUUUUUUGAUUGUUUUCUGCAGAUUCCAGGUUACAAACUGAAAUUUAUGCAUAAUCAAGUAUGGUGUGGUUGCCAGAAAAGCCUAAAAUUACUACUUAGAAAAUUUAAGACUGUUUACCCCUAUUGUCUUGUACUUGCGAUC